GCAACGCCAGAGAAUUCGUCACGAUGGCGGCGGCAGCGGAUCCUUCUGCGUCGCUGGAAUGGAAGCGCAUCAUCCACUCGAUGCGGAACCCGGGAAGAAGCGAGUACUCAUUUGUGCCACACAAAUACAUCCAUUCCAAACCUGUCCUGUCCCCGAGGCCGAACGGUGUCGACUACCAAGUUGAAGGCGCUGACGAAACGACCCCCAUCAAUGCGAAGCAAUACGCCGUAGAGCUCCCAGACGUUUUGCUCGUCCACUACAGCACCUUUAUGUAUUGGCUCGUCCUCAUCGUGUCGCUAAGCUUCGUGUGUGUCGAAUGGGUGCUCCUGUAUCCCCUGUCUCCCUCUCGCCUGUACAACAUCCAAGUCGACAUGUUUGACGGCCGCCUAAACCAUGCCGAAUUCUUCUUCCAGCAAAUCCUUCCCCUUGGUAUGCUACUUGGUGCGUUGAUCACGUUCAAGCUGGCAGAUCGGUUGGGUCGGGCCACUAUGCUCGAGCUUGCUUCCAUUCCUUACGUGCUAGGAUGGUUGUUUGUCGGUGUCGCGUUUGGCCAGGUUACUUUGCUCAUCGGACGUUAUUGCCUCGGUGUCGCCAUCGCCGUUUAUUCCAUUGUGGUGCCGAUUAUGCUUGCUGAAAUCAGCGAAGAUGACUCUCGCGGAAGGGUCUUUGCCGCCUCUCAACUUGUCCGCAUGGUCGUGGGCCGCAUGCUGUACCUUGGCAUUGGUCAAGUAUUUGUCUACUUGAGCACGUGCUACGUCAGUUUCGACUUAAGCGAGUGGAAGGUCAUUGCCACGCUGGGAGUCGCUCCUGGGCUGGUGCUCUUGGUCUGCAUGCAAUUCGUUCCCGACACCCCGACGUGGCUGCUCCUUCGGCACAACGACCGUGCUACGAGCUUUGCCGUGUGCUUAAAGAUCCAGAGCCCGGGCUUGUCCAUGCGCCAUACGCGCGCUGAAGUCCGGGUCAACUCAAUUCUCCACGCAGACUUUCUAUCGUGUCAGGCUGCUCAAGACGACCUCGGUGUGGCCCACCAAAACUUGGGCUUCUCUAGACCCCUUGUCUUGACGUGCAGUCUCUACGCUCUCCAAGCCAUCGCGACUACGAUCCUCGAACCGUCUUUGUAUCCCACUACCGCCAACGCGUACGCAUUUGGGCUCUUUGGUAUCGGCCUGAAUCUAAACGAGUGGAAUCAAGUCGUCGUGAGCUACUUCCUCGCGGGGGCUGCUGCUUUGGGUCUCCUUGCUGCGUCCUUUGUCAUUGAUUCCCAAGGACGAGUGCAGUGUCUAAAGCUUGGCUCUGGCGUCGUCAUCGUCACGUCGGCGCUGCUUCUCCUGCUCAAAAAUAUCAUGAGCCAGGACAAGGCAACUAGUGAUUCGGUGCUGGCGCUGAAUGAAGUCGGCUCGGCCUUGGUGCUCCUUAUGACGGCAGGACAUUACGUUGGCUUGGGGCUCUGUCCCAUUUUGAUUGCAAGCGAAAUCUUCCCAGCGAGGCGCCGCGUUGCAGGCGUGAGUGUGGUCAUCCUUUCUGGCAGCGCGACAUCCCUCGCCGUCGGUUAUGCGAUCAACUAUCUGCGAAGUUCGCCUUUGGUGACGUCUCAAGUCUUGUUUCAAGGCACUAUCGCCGUCGUGGGGGCUGUGAACGCUAUCGCCCUGGUCGUUGCAGUGUUCUUUGUCCCUGAAACGAAGUUGCGGUCGCUACAAGAGAUUGAAGCUAUCUUGAGUGGGUACACCCCCAUCACACCGCCAAACAUUCGAUCCAACUCGGUCAUCCGCGUGAUGCACAAACCUGCCGAUUAUGGCACAGCGUUCGAGUAGACGUCUGCAUGGACAACUAGUAUGAAUCGAACGCACUAGAUGUGAAUGCUCCUCCUUCCAUACCUAUCGAUGAGGCCGCCCCUCUUCCCCACGUGAUUCCG